GAUCCGGCAGAUAUAAGAAUCCAAGAGUCCAGCCGCAGUCUGUGCCGCGCAGAGCACGCGUCCCAACCAGUCCUCCCCACGUUGCGCCUGCCUCUCUCUCCCGGGAUGUCCGAGCGGCGGAUCCCCUUCAGUUUCCUGCGCAGCCCCAGCUGGGAACCUUUUCGGGACUGGCAUUACCCGAGCCGGCUCUUCGACCAGUUCUUUGGCAUGCCGCCGGCUCUGUCCUACGACUGGGGUCCCGAGUGGCCGGGUUACCUGCGCCCCUUUCACCUGCCCAGCGUCCGCGCCCCAGCCGCAGCCGGGGCUACGGAAGCGACCGACCAAGCCACCGCCUCCAGUGCCGCCCUCAACCGCCAGCAGAGCACCGGUAUCUCGGAAAUCAAGGUCACUUCUGACAAGUGGAAGGUCAGCUUGGAUGUCAACCAUUUCGCCCCUGAAGAGAUCACCGUCAAAACCAAGGAUGGCUAUGUAGAGAUCCACGGCAAACACGAGGAAAGACAAGAUGAACAUGGUUUUAUUUCAAGGUGUUUUACUCGAAAAUAUCUCCUCCCACAAGGCAUUGAUGCCGGUGUAGUUUCUUCAACACUGUCACCCGCUGGUGUGCUGACAGUGGAAGCGCCACUGGCCAAGCCAGCUCUGCAAUCUUCAGAGGUCACCAUCCCAAUUACCUACGAGUCUACAGCCCAGAUCGGAGUGCCAGAUUCAAAGAAGGCAAAUGAAGCUACAAAGAAAUGACUGGAGUAGCAAAGAAGUAUGCACUCAUAGCAGGCACUACAUCAAAUUAACCAGAACACACUGACCAGAUCCAAAGUUAUCAGUACAAUGCUAAAAAUGCUAUCCAGAUAACCAGAUUAAUACCACAAUAGAUAAGCAUCACCACAACCUAAACCCAAUGCAAUUAACUAGCUUUGAGCUAGUCAUACUUAAUGUAGUCAGAUUAUAAGAUAUUUUCUGUUUAUAUUUUUAACUUUAGCAAAAAGAUGCAAUUAUACAAAUUUAGAAUCAUAAACCUUAUAACACCAGAGAUGAUUCUUUUCUUUCAAGUGCCUUAGAAGCUCUGAGUAAUUUAGCACCACCCUAACAGGCAGCGGUUUUUGAUCAUGUUCACUCUGCAUAUUCAAUGUUUCCAUGCUGCCCUUGUGUAUUUUUUUGCUUUGGUAUAAUCAUAUAGAUCUGUUAACAAAGAUAUUUUUUUGAAUCAGCAUUGAACUUUAUUAAUAAAAUUAAUGAUGAAGAAAAAACAA